CAGGGUAGAAAUAUCGUUCUUUGCUUUGACGGUACAACCAACUGUUUCCGGACAACCCAUAUCACCAACGUCAUACGAAUAUUCGAACUGAUUCGCAAGGACAGCCAAGACCAGCUGUGCUACUACCAGGCUGGUCUUGGCACGUAUGAGGCAGAUGUUCCUGUCGGUACCCAGAAAGUCUGGGGCAGAACCACGGUUGCAAAGGUUGCAGAUGUUCUCUUCGCACGAUCCAUCAAAGGACAUAUCCUUGGGGGGUAUCGGUACCUGAUGCGUCAUUGGCAGAAAAACGACAGGAUAUAUAUGUUUGGGUUUAGUCGCGGUCAGUAUUGCAUGAUUACGUUCAUCUCAUUCAUUAUAACCAUUUGGCCGCCAUAG